CCAUAUAGAUUUUAAUAGGGGAAUCCUUAAAGAAUUUGGCUAAGAUUGUAUAGUAUAUAUAUGGUGGCCUCUGCUCUCGCAGUGUGGACUCAAUACAAGACUAAGACCUAUUAUUAGUUGAGAACCUUGAACACUGAAGAGAGAAGAAGGUGCACUGCAACAUUGUUACAGAAAUCAGACAUGGCAACCGGUUCAAGUUCAUCUACAGGUACGGUUUUCUCCAUACAUUGGUUUAAUGAACAUUGAUUUGUGUUUUGAUAACAGUAGCUCAUAUAACUUGUUAUUGGUUUAUGUUUAAUUCUAACACCUUCGACAAAAAAUUCUAAAACCACGACAAUGAACAGCUCCACCACCUAGUCUACCAGCUCUCCACUUGUCCCAUACCUCCCACCAACCCCGACCAACACCAACACCUCCUCCACGUCGUCCAGAAAGUCAUGGCCCACUACGCCGAGUACUACCGUGUCAAGUCUCUUGCCGCGGAGCGCGACACCCUCUCCGUCUUUGUUGCUCCCUGGGCCACCACCCUCGAGCGCUCCCUCUACUGGAUUGGCUGCUGGCGCCCCACCACUGCCUUCCACCUUAUCUACUCCGAGUCCUCCAUCCACUUUGAGGCUCACAUCUUCGACAUACUCCAGGGCAGCACCGGUGACCUCGGGGACCUCACCCCCUACCAGUUCGGCCGCGUCAGCGAACUCCAAUGCGAAACUGUGAAAGAGGAGAAUGCGAUAUCGGAGCAGUUAUCAGAGUGGCAAGCCGAGGCGUUUGAGAUGAUAGGCGCAUGCACGAAUCUGGAUAUGAACAUGGGAUCGUUGGUGAGUGUGUUGAAGACGGCGGACGAUCUGCGGCUGAGGACGGUGAGAAAAAUUGUGGAACUGCUGACUCCACAGCAGGCUGUGGAGUUCUUGAUUGCAGCUGCCGAGUUGCAGUUUGGGGUCCGUGGUUGGGGGAUGAAUCAGGACCGUCGGCGUGGGAAUGUCUGAUUUUCGGUUUUGGUGAUCAGACGGUGGUUAGUGAUCGUUGGCGGAAGUAAAUUGGGGUAUACACUCUGGUUUGUUUGCAGUCUGGAGUACUAUGAGCAGUAUGUAGGUUGUUUAAUGUUAAACCUUUUUGUUCAACAAUAUGGAUAACUUUUGUGUUUUGUAUC